AUGAAAAUUUCUAAGGCAAAAUACGUAAAUCUAACAAAGAAUUAUUUUAACAAAUGCGGCCCAACUUUUGAAGGGGGAAUAUUUGCCCUAUCAUCUACAAUUUUAUAUGAUUAAGAUUCUAGUUAUGAUAGCAAUUAUGCUAUUUAUGGUGGGGUGUUACAGGGUAUUCAAAGUACAGUAGAGGUUAAAAAUUGCAAAUAUACCAACAAUAUAGCUAAAAGAGGCGGAGUGUUUUUGCUUAACAGUGCCUCAUUCCUUACAAUAUCAGGAUCUUUAUUUGAAUAGAAUUAAGCUUACUAUGAGUCAGGAGUUAUCAAUCUGGAGACAAGUUCGGUUUCAAAUGUUAGCACUUCUAAAUUUAUUAAAAAUAAAGCAUAAGAAAGUUCUGUCUUAUUAGUGAUGGAAGGCUCAAAGGAUUAUAAUAUAACUUUUAAGCAAUGCUUAUUUGAGUAAAAUCAAGCAGAUAAAAAUACUAUUUCGAUACUACAAGCUAAUUUACUUAUAAAAGAUUCAUAAUUCUCAGAGAAUAAUGCGCUUGAAAGAAGCAAAAAUAUUUUUGCUGGAUUUUCAUCGGUUUAUAUUUUUGACACAACUUUCUAAGGUCUUUCAUAUAAAAAUAUUCAAAGACAAUUAUAAACUGAUAAAACUAAUGGAUGCUUUAUAUUUAUAAUUUUGGAUGUCAAUCUAUUUGUUCAAAAUUCUUAAUUUAUCAGUGGAGUUGCUAAAUAAGGAGGAGCUAUAUUUAUUGCUGGGGAUUCAAGGAUUGAUAUCAUCGAUAGUACAUUCACUGAUAAUAAAGCUUAUUAAUUUGGUGGGGCUAUUUAGGCGUCUGGAUUUGAUUACUUAAGAAUAUCAAAAGAUACGAAAUUUAUAAAGAAUAGAGCUAAUGAUGGUGGAGAUGACAUUUACGCAACUAAUACACAAGGAGAAUUAAAUCUUCAAAACGUUAAUUUCUAGAAUCCUUAGGCAUAUUUAUCUAUCUAUGCUUCGAGCUUAAGUCUAAAGAUGUAUAAGGUAUCUAUGCUGAACAUUGGCAUUGAAAAUGACAACCAUAAUUACGGGUCAGCAUUAUAUUGUAUCGACUGUAAAGAUAUUGAUAUCUCAGAUUCCUCAUUUAUAAAUAUGAAUAGCUUUAUAGGAGGAGCAUUUUAUAUAGAAGAGCUAACUUAAAAUAAAAUAAAUAAUUUAAAUACUGCAAAGUACCAAAUAAGAAAUUCUAUUUUCUAGAACUGUAUAUCUGUUUCUGGUGGUGCACUGUAUCUAUUAAAUGUAGAAAAAAUGCUAAUAUCAAAUACAAAGUUUAAGAACAAUAGAGCAAUAAAUAGUACAGCUGAAAAUUAUUUCAAAUACCAUGGAUCAGGUGGAGCUAUUUACUAUGAAUGCAAAGAUACUAAUGAUAAUUGCGAAUUGAGCAUCAAUGAUAAUACCUAAUUCUUAAACAACUAAGCAACUAGAUAAGGCGGAGCUAUACAUUGGGAGUCUCUAGAGCCAAAAAUAUCAUCUGAUGUUUAAUUUAAGAAUAAUUAUGCAGUAUAAUAUGGAAAUGAUUUAUCUUGCUUCGCCUAAAAAAUAAUAAAAAUUGAUAAGACUAUUUAUGAUAACACAAUAACAAAGUUAGGAAUAGAUUAGAGAAUGAGAUAGCUGCUAGAAAAUUAAACCACUUAUUCUUAAUCAAUGGAUGUCCAAGCGUAAGUAUCUAGCUAAAGAAGUGGUGGCACUAUACCUGGUAUGUACGUUGCUUUAGUAGAUUAAUAUGGGCAGAUUAUAGGGACAGACUAAGAGAGUAAAAUUAGAGUUAAUAUAGAUUCUUAAAAAAUUCUUGAUUAAAAUGCGUUAACCUAUCCUCCUAUUAUUGAAGGAAAAUCACAGUUUUUUGUACUUGCAGGUGUGGUGUAGAUUUAAGAUAUUCAAUUCACAGGUACUCCUGGCUAAUAGUAUGGGCUAGUUUUUACUACUGAUGGAAUCGAUAUUAAAAAGAAAUCUAAUAAAGACUAUUUAGCUAAAUAAGCUACUUCAACUGAUAUUGAUUUCAAAGUUGAUGUUAAGCUAAGAGAAUGCAAGGUAGGGGAACAAUUUACUAUUGCAGGUAAAUGUGAAGUAUGUGAAAAUGGAAAUAGUUUUUCUCUAAUUAAAAUGGAUUAGCCUGGUGAGUGCUAAACUUGCCCGACUGACAAAGCCCGCUGCUAUGGAGGCACUAAUAUUGGACCCAAGCCAGGAUAUUGGAGAAAGAAUAAUGUGACUUCUUACUUUAUUUAAUGCUUGUAUUUACCAGCGUGCCUAGGAAUGGUCCCUCCAUAAGAUGAUCCAAAAGGAUCCUGCUUUAUAGGAUACUAAGGUACAUUAUGUGCAGAUUGUGUAAUUGGCUAUUCAAGAUAAGGAGAUUUUAAGUGCUAAGAAUGUCCUGAAAAAAUUGCUAAUUCUCUCAGACUUGCAGCUAUUUUUAUUGGAGUAUGCUUUUUAAUUGUAUUUGUUGUCAGAUCUACAUUACUUGGAGCCAGAUAAUCAAAAAAUGUGACAAGUAUAUAUUUGAAAAUCAUGAUGAAUCAUCUGUAAUUGAUUGUAUUAUGCUCUUCUUUCAGUUUUGAUUGGCCGAGAAUGUUGAUUGAUUUUUAUACAGAAAUUAAGCCAGUGGCCUAAGCUACAACAUAAAUUUUUUCAUUUGAUUGUUUCAUUGAUAAAAGAGGUGGUGAUUAGAAUGAUGUCUCAGACUAGGUCGAGUUUUUCAGAAUAUUUUAUCAGAAAAUGAUCAUUUUAGCAGUUACUCCACUAUUACUUGGCUUUUGCUCAUGGAUAUUUUGGCUUACUUAUCACAAGAUCAAACAUAUAAAAGAGAAAUAUUAAGGGAAGAUUAUCUCUACCUUGAUUAUUUUGUUGUUUUUAGUGCAUCCAAAUAUUGUUCACUACAUGUUCAAUAAUUUUAAAUGCUCAUCAAUAGAUGGUGAAAGCAGGCUCUUAUAUGAUUUAGAGGUUACCUGUUGGGGUGAAACGCAUUCCUUAUUUAGUUAUUUUGUAGCAAUACCAAGCAUAUUUGUUUGGGGGCUAGGAAUACCCUUUUUUGGAUUAAUUUUAUUAAUGAAAGUAAGGCAUAACCUCGAAAAUAUAGAUUCAAGAUAGAAAUUAGGUUUUCUCUAUAGAGGGUAUAGAAGGAGAUUUCAUUACUGGGAGAUUAUUAUAAUGUAUAGAAAAAUAUUCUUGAUUUUCAUUUCAGUAUUUGUAAGCGCUUUUGGAAUAAUGGCUUAAGCUUUGAUUGUCUUUAUAUUCUUAAUAUGCUUCUUAAUACUUAAUUUGAAAACUCAGCCAUUCAGUACUGUAGCUUUAAACGAUUUAGAAACUGUAUCUUUAGUGACUUCUAUGAUUACAAUUUACUGUGGGUUGUUCUUUUUAUCUAAUACUAAGCAGAGUUAAGUUGAAUAAGAUCCUGAGCUUAAGAAUAAAGCAGUAUAAUUGAGUGAUAAUGUUCUUUUGGCUUUAUUUGUUGUAAUAGUUCUAUCAAAUUUCUCAUUUUUCAUCUAUUGGAGUAUCAAAAUGCUACAAGAAGUAAAAGGAAAAAUUAUGAGAAAUAUUCCUAGACUUUAUCUAUUCUUUUGUGCUUGUGGAAACUACUAAUUGUUUGAAAGAGAAUUAAGACAGCUUAAAAUUGAUGAGGAAAAUGACGAGUUAAGAGAAGACUUCUUUUAAAUCGUUUCCAAUCUUAAAAACUUACAUCUCGAAGGAAGAUUACUACUUAAUCAGAAAACAUUGGAAAAACUCCAUAUUUACUUAAGCGCCUAAAAUAUCUUGACAUUGGUAUAAUAAGGCAAAUAUGAUUAAAAGUAAUAAAACUAUCUUAUAAAUAGAAAAAAGAGAAAAUCUUCUCUCUAAGAUAAUAUUCAGAUAUAACCUAAUAAGGAAAUAGGUGAGUUGAAUGAUGAAUACUUUUUCUAUAAUCAAGAUUAAGACUCAACCUCUAAAAAUUAAUCAAAUUUGUCAAAUAUAGACCUAGAUAAUCUCAAUAUUACCGAAUUUGUAAAUACGAAAAAAGUUAGAUACAAUCGCAUGAAUUUGUCAACCACUAGUAUGGAUUCAAAUGCUUUAAUAAAAACCGCAUCUAAUUUUAGAAAUUAGAAUAGUAAUGUGAGUGAUAAGUACAGCACUAAUAAUAUUAAACUGAGCCCUAUAAAUAUUGAUAAAAAUUAAACCGUCUCUGGAAGACCAAAGAUAAUAAGAGGGAAUCAAAAUAACCUUAGUCCUUCAAAGUUUAGUCUUAAAGCUCUUUCAAAAUAACGAUAAGAAGAUCUCAAUGUAAUUUCAACAGCAGACUAAAUAGUUAAAAGAAGGGAUAUAUAUAAUAUAGAUUCAAUUUUAGAAUCACCAAGCAAACUAGAUGAAUCAGAUGACAAUUCUUUGGUCUCAGAUUCUAUAGAUAACCAUGAUCUUGAAUUAGAACAUCAGAUAAGUUCAUUCAUGAGAUUUGAUUUUAGAAGAAAUUUAAAGGAUGCAGAAUUGGAAACCUUUGACAAGAUAGAUAAAAUUUAAGAGGAGGAAUAUAAAGAGAAUGAAUACUAUACAGAUAGAAUCAAAGAAAUUAUUCAGGCAUAAUUGAAAGUCGAAAAUCAAAAGCAGGUUGAAGAACAAGACAAAUUAGUUAUUCAGAUAUAGAAGAAAAAAGUAUUGAAAAACAAAUCAUCCUAGAAGUAUAGAGAAAAUAUUUAGAAUCAAAAGCAUACAACUAUGCAAACAAGAAAUUUCCUCAUGAAUAAGUCUCCAAAGAGAAGCAGCCUCUUUUCUCAUAGUGAAACAAGAAAGUCUAUAACAAUAGAGCACACAAUUGCUGACUCUCCAAGAUAAAAAGACUUAGUAUAAGAAUAUCUAUAAGCCCUAGAUAACGAUAAAGUAAAAGAUAGGUAAAUAACUCAAGAAUAAAUUUCAGAACUUAUUUAUAAUGAAGAGGAAUAAUAAGAAAAUAGUUCUAAUGAAAAUAAUCUAGUAUCUUUAGAGUCUGAUAAUGAAAUAAGAAAUCACGAUUAAGCUAUAACGUUCUACCGAAGAGGCUAGAAUGACGAUGUUUAAGCUUAUGUUGAUUAAAGGGAUGAUUUUGAGUUGAUAUUUUAGAAAUAGGAUAGUAAUUAAUAAGAUAUAUAUGAUUACCUCGAUUAAUAAGAAGAGGAAAAAUAAGACAAAUUUUAUGUCACUAUAAAAAGGUCAAUAGGUGAUGAAGAUAGUGACUUCAAACUAACAGAAUGA